AUGAAUACGAACAUAAUUUUAAUUUUAGAAGGAAUGUAAUGCAUAUGGUGGAUAACGUUAUGCAUCAUUUUCUAAUAAGAUCAAUACAUUAUUAUCAUAGGAUUGUCUUCUGCGUCGAUCCUCAUUAAAUUAGGAUUGUUACUGCAAUUUAGAAAAAAUUUAAAUUCAAGUAAACUAUUAGCGAUGCUAUUACUAAUCCUUGUUGAUACUGUUAUCUACACUGAAAUAAAUCUACUCUAUUACCAAGUUUUUAAUCCUUUUUCUCAUUAUACUAACACACUGUUCAUAGCAACCAAUACAUAUAUUAUUAAAGAAAUUGUGUCUAAAUAAAUCUCAUAUCAAUUGCUCAUGUUAUUUUAUCCAUGUUACAUUGUGUUGAGACUAUUCUCAAUUGUUUUUAUUAACUUUGAUUAUACAAUUUUAGAAAGUGUAAUAAUCAUACUGGUUUUUGUAAUUGCUAAUUUUGCAGGUGAGAAAUCUCUAGUUUCUGCUAAAAUUCGCUUAACUUAACAACUGAAUGAUGAUGAACAAACAGAUCGACAUAUACGUGAUAUUAAAUUUUCAAAAUAAAAAUAAAAUGAAUUUAGCCAUUUUAAUGAAUAGCUCAAAGACAAACUGAAGCUUAGGAACCUUAGCAUUCACUCCAACAAACCUCAAUCCUACAAUGAUUUGUCUUCCAUCGUUAAAUAAAAGGAAUCUAUUGAUUUAGAUAAAUCAGACUCGUAAUUUAGAUUUUCCUUAGCCAAAAUUUUGCAAAUAAUACCAGAUGGAAUAAUUAUUCUAAAUAAAUAAUAGAAAUUGCAUUUUGUCAACAAAAAAUGCGUUAAAUUAUUGUAAUGCAAGAAUGAAGAGUUAAUACUGCCAAAACUUAAAGAUUGUUUAAGAAAUCAAAUUAUCAAUAUGGAUAAUUGUACACUUAAUCAACAAUCUUAAAAUAACAGAAAAACUGAAAUGAAUCAACAAGUCUUGGAAGAAAUAAUAAAAAAGGCGUAAUAAAAUAAGGUUUAAGUUGAUAUUUUUGACGUGCUACUGAAUUAGAACAAAUAUUUGUAUUAACUUCAUUAAGGCACCUAUGAUGGAGAGAAAAGCAGUAUUGAUGAUUCUCGAGUCUCACAAAAUAAUUAAAAUCAAUAUCAUUUCAACCUUUCUUUAGAAUCAAACAAAUCCUUGAAACUUAAGAUCAUACAAACACAUUCCAUUCUAUAAAAUGAUAUACAGAUCUUUGGAGAUUAAAUGAAUCAACCUGUUUUGGUGUUAAUUAUAUAAGAUGUCACCUAUAAACAAAAAUUCCAAAAGGUUGAACUUAAAAAUUAAUAAUUCUGUCAUCUCCUUAAAAAAUAACUGUUUCAAUUAAGAACUCCUCUCAAUUUGAGUCAACAAUACUUAAGAAUUGUUAGUGACGUAACUAAAGAAUAAGAAUAAGAAGUUACUGAAGGAUUAGAAUUGCUCAAGUGUUCGACUUCUUUUCUUCAAUACUAAAUUAACAAUAUUUUGGAUUUUUUAUCAUACCAACUUAAUGAGUUUGCAUAUUUUUUCUGCAGAUUCUAGAUCAAUGACUUAAUAGAUGAGAUUGAAUAAGUGUUUAUUCCUUAUAUAUUUCAAAAGAAGAUCUAAUUUUAAAUCAGAUUUUCAUCAAGUCUGUCCGAUAGGUAUUUCAAUUCAGACAAAUUGCGAAUAGUCUAAGUGUUGUUAAACAUUCUAAAUCAUUAAUGUAAUAACAUUAUAAAGGGAGGAGAGGUGGGUCUAACCUUUCUGGCUAAAGAUGAUUUAACCAUUUAGGUAAUUGUAGAAAAUAAUUCAGUGCAAGAGAACAGAAAGAAGCAAUUUUCAUUUAAUUAAAUAAUGCUCAAAAGUCAAGAACUUGACAGCUGUUAUGGCUUGAUGAUUCAUCCAGAACUAGGAUUUGGAUUAAAUUUAGCAGCCAGAUUAGCAUCAGGUUUAAUUGAAGAGAACAAUAAUGUAGAAGUAUUAUCGAAUUCGGUUGAUGGUAACAGCAUAAGCUUUUUGAUUCAGGAUCGAAUAAAUAAAAAGGAAUAGGAUUCAAUAUUAUAAAAAGAUUAAAUUUAAAUAUUCAAUAAAGAAUAGGAUUACAUUUUGGAUAAGGAAUAGGAUCUAAUGUUUAAAAAGUAAUAAAAUUAAAUUUUGGUUAGAGGAUAGGAUCGAAUUAAUGAAGAUUAAUAUGAUUAAAUAUACGAAAAGGACUAAGAUGAAAUGUUUUAAAAGGAAUAAACAAGAAAUCAAUCCAAUACUGGUGGAUUUAUGACUAGGAAUAAAUCUUAAUCCGAGUAACAAGAAGACAAUUUUAUUGUUAGAAAAUAUUGCUAUUAGGAUAACACUAAUCAGUAUGAGAAUUCAGAAAAGCUCGUAUAAAAGUCUGAAGGUUUGAAGUCAUAUGAAAGUCCAAACGUAAUUGAGGAUCACAGUGAACGAAUAAUCAUACCUUAAUCAAAUUAUUUUUAAUUUAAAUCUUUUGAAAGUCCAAGGUAAAUAAUAAUAAAUAAGACAUUUUCAUUUAAAAUAUCCACCUUAUAAUUACAUGAAUGCAACUCUACUUGUAAAAAGAUUUUGAUAGUUGACGAUUAGAUUUUUAAUCAGAUUGCUCUCAAAGCUACUUUAAAUCGUUUUGCAAUAUAAUGUGAUUAGGCAUAUGACGGUUAUUAGGCAAUCCAAAGAGUGAAGGAAAAACAGCAAACCUCUUGUCCAUUUUAUGAUAUCAUAUUUAUGGACAUAGAAUUACCAGGAUUGAAUGGAUUUGAGACUACGAAAGAGAUAAUGUCGAUGGGAUGCAAGAAGUCAGCAAUUGUAAUUUGGUAACUUAAUGUAAUUUGA